CGCCGCGGCCAGCGCGGGGCGGGGCGAACUCUGUCCGGCGGAAGGGGCGGGGCAGGGCCGCACUUCCUUGUCGUCCGGCGGGGAGUCACAAAUCACAUUGAGCCAAAAAGCAGCCAGUGUUUUCUGCAGUUACAAACAAAAUGAAUAUUCCCAUGCUACUGCAACAUUCUCACCGACGUUUCCUAAAAGGCCUUUUAAGAACACCUUUCCGUCGUUACCACUUCAUCUUUCACUCAAGUACUCAUCUCGGAUCAGGAAUCCCUUGUGCUCGGCCAUUUAAUUCUCUUGGACUCCAUUGUACAAAAUGGAUGUUGUUGUCAAAUGGUUUAAAGAGAAAAUUAUGUGUACAAACAACCUUAAAGGAACACACAGAAGAACUUUCUGAUAAAGAACAAAGAUUUGUGGAUAAACUUUAUACCGGUUUAAUCCAAGGGCACAGGGCCUGCUUAGCAGAGGCCAUAACUCUUAUAGAAUCAACACACAAGAGGAAAAAAGAGUUAGCCCAGGUGCUUCUUCAAAAAGUAUUAGUCUACCACAGAGAACAAGAACAAAUAAAUAAAGGAAAACCACUAGCAUUUCGAGUGGGAUUAUCUGGGCCCCCUGGUGCUGGAAAAUCAACCUUUAUAGAGUAUUUUGGAAAAAUGCUUACUGAGAGAGGGCACAAAUUAUCUGUGCUAGCUGUGGACCCUUCUUCUUGUACUAGUGGUGGAUCACUCUUAGGUGAUAAAACCCGAAUGACGGAGUUAUCAAGAGAUAUGAAUGCAUACAUCAGGCCAUCUCCUACCAGCGGUACUUUAGGAGGUGUGACAAGGACCACAAAUGAAGCUAUUCUGUUGUGUGAAGGAGGGGGAUAUGACAUCAUUCUUAUUGAAACCGUAGGUGUGGGCCAGUCGGAGUUUGCCGUUGCGGAUAUGGUUGACAUGUUUGUUUUACUACUGCCACCAGCAGGAGGAGAUGAAUUGCAGGGUAUCAAAAGAGGUAUCAUUGAGAUGGCAGACCUGGUGGCUAUAACGAAAUCUGACGGAGACUUGGUUGUGCCUGCUCGAAGGAUACAGGCUGAGUAUGUGAGUGCACUGAAGUUACUCCGCAAACGCUCAGAAGUCUGGAGAUCAAAGGUAAUUCGUCUCUCCGCCAGAAGUGGAGAGGGCAUCACUGAAAUGUGGGAUAAGAUGAGAGAGUUCCAGGACCUCAUGCUCGCCAGUGGGGAGCUGAUGGCCAAGCGGCAGAGGCAGCAGAAAGUUUGGAUGUGGAAUCUCAUUCAGGAAAGCGUGUUAGAACAUUUCAGGACCCAUCCCACUGUCCAGGAACAGAUUCCUGUUCUGGAAGAAAAGGUUCUCAGUGGGGCCCUGUCCCCAGGACUAGCAGCAGAUGUGUUGUUGAAAACUUUUAAAAGCAGAGGCUAAGGAAAUUUAUCCUAUGCAAUGAUUUUAUAUACCAUUUCGUAAAGUAUUUUAAUAUUAAAAGUCACUUGAAUGCUUA